GCCGGGUGGCCGGCGCGGGCUCCGGGCGUGCAACGAAGAGUUCGCGUGCCCCGAGCUGGAGGCGCUGUUCCGCACCUACACGUUGAGGCUGGAGCAGGCGGCAACGCUAAAGGCGCUGGCGGUGCUCAGCCUGCUGGCGGGCGCGCUGGCGCUAGCAGAGCUGCUGGGCGGCCCCGGCCCCGCGCCCGACCUGGCCAAGGGCUCGCACCCGGUGCACUGCGUCCUUUUCCUCUCGCUGUUCGUGGUCACCAACGUCAAGUACCUGCAGGUGCCCCAGCUGCAGCAGAUCGGCAAGCUCACGCUGUUCUUCAGCCUCACCUUUGCGCUGCUCUGCUGUCCUUUUACGCUGGGCGGCCCCACCAGUGCUCACGCUGCGGGGCCGGCGGCUGCCCAACAGGGCGUCUGGCAGCUCCUUUUGGUCACUUUCGUGUCAUAUGCCCUGCUGCCCGUGCCCAGCCUGCUGGCCAUCGGCUUUGGGCUCGUGGUGGCCGCAUCUCACUUGCUGGUCACCGCCACCUUCGUCCCCGCCAAGCGCUCAUGUCUCUGGAGGACGCUUGGAGCCAAUGCCCUGCUGUUUAUCAGUGUGAACAUGUAUGGGGCCUUUGUGCGGAUGCUGACGGAGCGCUCCCAGAGGAAGGCCUUCCUGCAGGCCCGCAACUGCAUCGAGGACAGGCUGAAGCUGGAGGACGAGAACGAGAAGCAGGAGCGGCUCCUGAUGAGUCUCCUGCCCCGCAACGUUGCCAUGGAGAUGAAGGAGGACUUUCUAAAACCCCCUGAGAGGAUUUUCCACAAGAUUUACAUCCAGAGGCAUGACAACGUGAGCAUUCUGUUUGCGGACAUUGUGGGCUUCACAGGGCUGGCGUCCCAGUGCACGGCCCAGGAGCUGGUGAAACUCCUGAAUGAACUCUUCGGGAAGUUUGACGAGCUAGCCACGGAGAACCACUGCCGGCGGAUCAAGAUCCUGGGGGACUGCUAUUACUGUGUGUCGGGCCUCACCCAGCCCAAGACUGACCAUGCCCAUUGCUGUGUGGAGAUGGGGCUUGACAUGAUUGAUACCAUCACGUCCGUGGCCGAGGCCACUGAGGUGAACCUGAACAUGCGUGUGGGGCUGCACACAGGCCGGGUGCUCUGUGGGGUGCUGGGCCUGCGCAAGUGGCAGUACGAUGUAUGGUCCAACGACGUGACCUUAGCCAACGUUAUGGAAGCCGCUGGCCUGCCGGGGAAGGUUCAUAUCACAAAGACGACCCUAGAAUGCUUGAAUGGGGACUACGAGGUAGAACCGGGUUAUGGACAUGAGAGGAACAGUUUCUUGAAAACUCAUAAUAUCAAAACAUUUUUUAUUGUGCCAUCCCAUCGGCGAAAGAUAUUUCCAGGAUUGAUUCUCUCAGAUAUAAAACCAGCCAAGAGGAUGAAGUUCAAAACCGUCUGUUACCUGCUGGUGCAGCUCAUGCAUUGCCGGAAGAUGUUCAAGGCCGAGAUCCCCUUCUCCAAUGUCAUGACCUGUGAAGACGAUGACAAGCGGAGGGCAUUGAGAACAGCCUCAGAAAAACUCAGAAACCGGUCAUCUUUCUCUACCAAUGUUGUCUACACCACACCUGGCACCCGUGUCAACAGAUACAUCAGCCGCCUCUUGGAGGCCCGGCAAACAGAGUUGGAGAUGGCGGACUUGAACUUCUUCACCCUGAGGUACAAGCACGUUGAACGAGAACAAAAGUACCACAAGCUUCAAGACGAGUACUUUACCACUGCUGUUGUUCUCUCACUCGUUCUAGCUGCCUUACUUGGCCUUGUCUACCUUCUCGUAAUCCCACAGAACCUAGUCGCCUUGAUCCUGCUUGUGUUCUGCCUUUGCUUCUUGGUGGCGUGUAUCAUGUAUCUGCACAUCACACGAGUCCAGUGUUUUCCAGGGUGCCUGACGAUUCAGAUCCGUACCACUUUGUGUAUUUUCAUCGUGGUCUUAAUCUAUUCAGUGGCCCAAGGAUGUAUGGUGGGCUGCAUGCGCUGGGCCUGGCGCAUGAGCCCCAACAGCUCCCUGAUGGUCCUCUUUCCCGGAGGCCGCAGUGCCGCACUGCCCGCCUCGCCCUGCACGUCAGCGCCGCACGCCCUGCUCUGCUGCCUCGUGGGCACCCUCACACUAGCCACCUUCCUGCGCAUCCCCUCCUGGCCCAAGACGCUCCUCCUGCUAGUGCUCACCUUGCUGUCCGUCCUUGUGCUGGGGCUCAGCGGGCCCCCUGCAGUAGCCGGAGGUCGCGCUGUCUCCUUGCACAGCUACGAACCCAUCCUGGCCGUCCUGCUCUUCUUCUGCGCUCUGGGCCUGCACUGCAGGCAGGUGGACCUGAAGCUGCGGCUGGACUACCUCUGGGCUGUGCAGGCAGAAGAGGAGCGUGAUGACAUGGAGAAGGUCAAACUGGACAACAAGAGGAUCCUCUUCAACCUCUUGCCAGCCCACGUAGCCCAGCACUUCCUCAUGUCGAACCCCAGGAACAUGGACCUCUAUUACCAGUCGUACUCACAAGUGGGUGUCAUGUUCGCAUCCAUCCCCAACUUCAAUGACUUCUACAUUGAGCUGGAUGGCAACAACAUGGGGGUGGAGUGUCUGCGCCUGCUGAACGAGAUUAUUGCGGAUUUCGAUGAGCUCAUGGAGAAAGACUUUUAUAAAGACCUAGAGAAGAUAAAGACCAUUGGGAGCACGUACAUGGCGGCCGUGGGGCUGGCACCCACGGCGGGGGCCAAGGCUAAGAAGUCCAUCACCUCCCACCUUAGCAUACUUGCGGACUUUGCUAUUGAGAUGUUUGACGUCCUGGAUGAAAUCAACUAUCAGUCAUACAACGACUUUGUCCUCCGUGUGGGCAUCAAUGUCGGCCCCGUGGUGGCUGGGGUGAUCGGGGCCCGGAGGCCUCAGUACGACAUCUGGGGCAACACGGUCAACGUGGCCAGCCGCAUGGACAGCACCGGGGUCCAGGGCAAGAUUCAGGUGACGGAGGAAGUUCACCGGCUGCUGAAAGGGUGCAGCUACCAGUUCAUGUGCCGGGGAAAAGUCAGCGUCAAGGGCAAAGGUGAGAUGUUGACAUACUUCCUAGAGGGAAGGACUGAUGGAAGUGGCUCCCAAACCAGGUCUUUAAACAUGGAGCAGAAAAUGUGUCCUUAUAGAAAAGCUGGCCUCCAGACCAGACUGGCCACCAGCUGCCCCCCAGUGCCCACUGUGACUGGCUUCUCAGUCCAAGCGGGGCUGGGGGCUCUGCAGGGCACAGGGCCCCCCUCACAGCCCACUCUCCAGUACCUCCCUCCAGAGCAGCUGUGA